AUGGCGAAGCUUGAUGAUGCAAUGUAUUCAUCAGUCAAUUAUUCUAUCAGAAUCAAUGGUAAGCUGUGGGGCCAUAUCACUCCUUCAAGGGGGCUUCGCCAAGGUGACCCUCUCUCCCCUUAUCUGUUUCUUUUUUGUGCUGAAGAUGACAGCAUAAUUUUUUGUAUAGCUUCCAUUAAGAAUUGUGACCCUUUACAACGUGUUUUGAAUGUCUAUGAAUUGGGUUCGGGUCAACAGUUGAAUAGGGCCAAAACUUCCUUAUAUUUCAGUAGUAACACUGCUCAUGAGGUGAUCUCUCCGCCUUCUCUGCUUGAGGUUGAAGCUCGGGUCAGUGAGCUUAUUGAUCAGGACACUAGUUCUUGGAAUCCUGAGUUGAUCCGGGGAAUUUUCUUACCGCAUGAGGCUAAGGCAAUUUUGGGUUUGGUCUUGAGCUCUUGCUUACCUGAGGAUAGGCUGGUUUGGGUCCCAUCUUUGAAUGAUGAUAGUAGGCUGGGGCAUUUUUGGAAGACAUUUUGGGGGCUUGAUAUUCCUCCUAAGGUUCGCCACUUUGCAUGGAGAGAUUGUAAGGACAUUCUUCCAACCAUAGAGAACCUCAUGAAAAGGAAGGUGUUGUUAGAUGGACUAUGUGAUGUAUGUCAUGCGGAUGUGGAGUCAUCAAGCCAUAUUUUCUGGGAUUGUGCCUUCGUUCGUGAAGUCUGGGUUUUAUCGAAGCUGUUUCCAACGAACUCGUGGGUCCACUUUCAUUCUUUUUUGGAUAUGUUGUGGUAUGGGGUUAUGGAAGUUGAUUGGGAGCAGGAUAGGAUUGAACGGAUUGUUAUGAUUCCUCCUUCACCCAGCAGGUAUAAAUUAAAUGUCGAUGGUGGCAUAUUUGCUGCGCAAAAUUCGGCAGACAUUGGGGUAAUUAUUAGGGACUCAGAUGGCUCGUUAAUUGGAGCUUGCAGUAAGAAGCUUCAGAUCCCUCUUGGUGCAGUAGAAGUGGAGGCAAAGGCAGUUGAGUUCGGGUUGCAAUUUUCUAAGGACUUGCUGAUUCAAGACUUCAUUAUGGAGGGUGAUUCAUUGGUGGUGUUCAAUGCCCUUUCAGAGACCUCUCCCCCGCCUUCGUCGAUUGUCUGUGAUUUAUGGUUCUGUAUCUGCUUCCCAUGA